AUGGCUGCAUCCCAUAUCAUCGGUUAUGCCGACCCUCUGGUGGCCUCGCCCGGCGACAGCGUUUCAAUCCAUGUCUCCUGCCACCGCGAUCAGUACUCCAGCCAAUUUGUCCGUCUAGGCCCUGGUAAACUGGACCACCCUGACGCUCCGCCCGAGGAUCGUCGCCCUGUUGAGUCGGUUCGGACCGCGAAGCACGUCGGUCGCCCACAAUUCUCCCGUCCGGGGUCCUUUGCUACGGUCCAUUGGAAGAGUGACCUUUUGGUUCAGGAUAGUAUUGUGAGAGUGUCGUUCUGGGCGCAGCCUACUCUGCUUCAGGCUGGUCACAAACAAUAUCUCUUCUCAUCGCUUGACCCAGAUGGCCGUUCGGGCCUGGCAGCGCUGAUCGAUGAGGGCACGCUGACGCUGCUCACUGGAGCAGCUGAUGGGGUGCAGAUUAUCCCUCUGUCAGUUCGUCUAGAGCGUGGGAUGUGGUAUUAUCUGAUGUUCACUUGGGAUCCGAUAUCGAACUCGGUCAGCGCCGAUGUGCGAAGCAAGCCCAAAGAUGUUGGGCUAUCAUCAACCACACAAACCCAAAGCCAGCGCGUGAAGCCCAUGGAGAUGAAAUCUUCGCAAUGUCUGACGAUUGCCAGCCACACCAGUGGCGAGCGAGUAGCUUCAAAGCCCAUUUCAUCGAGUAGCUUCAAUGGCAAGAUCGAUGGGUUCCGCAUCGAGGUAGGAUCGCAGUGCAUCCUAGAUCUCGACUUUAGCAAAGACAUUCCCACGAAUUGCCUUCGCGAUCGUUCCAUCCAUGCGACACACGGUAUAAUAGUCAAUAGUCCUGCCCGCGGCGUUACCAGCCAUGAUUGGGACGCUCGCGAGGUGGACUGGACGCGUGCCUCUUUUGGUUACGGUGCCAUCCACUUCCAUGACGACGACGUGGAUGACGCUGCAUGGGAGAAGGACUUUGAUCUGGUGCUUCCCAUUGAUCUACAUUCGGGAUGCUACGGCGUUGUCGUGUCCGACGGGGACACUGAAGAUGUGAUUCCAAUCUUUGUCCGACCCGACCUGUCCAAGUCGAAGAGUCCUCCGGUUGUCCUGAUCAUGCCAACUUUCACUUACACCGCGUAUGCCAACGAUCGCAUAUACGAUACUUCGCGGGACGUGCAUAUUGACAUUCCCGGGUCCGACUCGGUGAUGAAAAGUCGCCAUCUUCAUAUUCUUGAGGAUCGUCCGGAUCUAGGAAUUUCGCUGUACGAUAGCCACAACGACGGUUCCGGCACAGUAUAUUCCUCUACUAAGCGAGUGGUGUUGAACAUGAGGCCCGACUACUAUCACUGGGGUUUUGGUGGUCCACGCGAGUUCCCGGCCGACCUAUGGUAUAUCGGGUUCUUGGAUAGAGAGCUUGGCCGGGACAACUACGAUAUCAUUACAGACCACGACCUCUCCAUCUACGGCCCCUCGCUGCUACUUCGCUAUUCCGUUGCCCUCUCCUGCAGCCAUCCCGAGUAUCCCACCUACAGUAUGCUCGACACCUACGACGCCUUCCUUAACAACGGUGGUUCCUUCCUCUACCUCGGUGGCAACGGCUACUAUUGGGUGACCGGUCAUCAUUCCUCAAGUCCUCACCGGAUCGAAGUCCGCCGGGCCGACCAAGGAUGUCGCACCUUCGGUUUACCCCCGGGACACUGGCACCUCGCAGCAACCGGUGAACUCGGUGGCCUCUGGCGUUCACGCGGGCGCACGCCGAACCGAUUCUGUGGUCUUGGCUCCGACGCGUGCGGCAUGGGGAGAGGAGCAGCAUAUGGCAUUGUCCCCGAGGCGCGAGCGAAUCCGAGAUUAUCCUUCCUUUUCAACAGUCCCCGACUGCGAGAUCCCGCCACGACCGUUAUCGGCAACUUUGGCCUGGUGCAGGGCGCGGCCUCUGGGGAUGAGAUCGACCGGCUGGAUUACUCGCUCGGAACCCCACGGAACGCGAUCAUCGUGGCGACAACCAAGUUGGCAGGUGGGCAUUCGGAUAACUAUGGCUUGUUCAACGAGGAGAUCCUGUUUCCAAUGGUGAAUACGCUGGGCACGACCAGCGACAAGGUGCGAAGCGAUUUGAUAUACUUUGAGACGCAGGCGGGGGGUGCCGUCUUUGCCGUGGGAUCUAUCAAUUGGGUUGGAGCUUUGGCGUGGAACAACUAUGACAACAAUAUUGCAGAAAUUACUGCAAAUGCGCUUCAUGAAUUCUUAAGAAGGUCGCGGGCAACUUUCAAGUGA